UUGGAGCAUGGAAUUCUAACGUAUCGUCAACUGUUUUUAAUUUCCGCAUUUUCUGUGAUUUCUAGAUUUGGUCCGACAUUGUAGUUCCGGCUUAUUGGCUCAAUUGGAUUAUUGUUAUCGCAAUUACAUUGAAACGUAAGUGAACUUCCUGGAGCAGCAGCCAGCAGUAAAUAACCAAUUUAUUUCGUUUUAUUUUGCGUCAGUUGACUAAUCAUUGUCUACAACUGCUAAAUCAUACUAGGUGACCGCGCAAUUAUUGCAACAUGGGGAAAGGAUACAACAAUUUCAUGUGCAAAAAGUUUUUCCAUCCGGCAUCACGAGAUAACUUGAAAAGAGUUUGGAUAGCUGAACAAAAAGCUGAGGCUAACCGUAAGAAGCAAGAAGAGCUGCGUAUACAGUAUGAGAAGGAGCAAGAUGUCUAUACCAACAAAGCUCUGGUUUCUCGGAGUCAGGCUGACAGAGAUAAGCUUUCUUUGGGCUUUAUGUACGACCCUCCUGCUGGAGUCAAGAUGAGGCAAGAGAAAGAAGAAGGCGAACCUGAGUACAAGUUUGAAUGGCAAAGAAAAUUCAAUGCCCCUCGUGAAAGCUACUGCAAGAACGAUUCAAGCAUCAGAGAUCAGCCUUUUGGUAUUGCAGUCCGCAAUGUACGGUGCAUCAAAUGCCGCACCUGGGGACACAUCAACACUGAUAAGGAGUGCCCUCUUUAUGGAAAAGUGAUUGAGCCUUCCAAGGAGGAAAUGGAGAAAGAAGUGGACCAUCAGACCCUGAAGUCAGGCAUGCGUGAGAACGGACUGCACUUGAAGACCUUGGCGUCCAUGGCAACGGGCAUUUACGGGCGUAAUCAAGAUCCCUCUGCCUCCAACCAGCAGCUGCUGCCUGACGAGGAAGACCAUAGACCUAGCACUUCAGGGCGCUCGGAUGACGAUGUCGAGGAGAUGAGGUUACUGGCGAGCCUCACCACCAAGCAGAAGGAAAAAUUACUUAAGAAACUUGAAAAAAUGGACAAAAAGAUGCUGAGCAAGAAAAAUAAAGCGAAAAAGAAAACUGCUGAGAUUAGUUCAGAUGAAGAUUCCGAUUCUAGUGAUUCAGAGAUAACAACCAAAAGAAAGAAGAAGAAGUCGUCCAAAGAUAAAUGCAAGAAAAGGAAACGUGACUCCUCCAGUUCUGAGAGCAGUUCUUCAGAUUCUGAAGAAGAAAGGCCAAAGAAAAAACAAAAGAAGAAAAGUAAGACUAAAGAUAAGCGAGAAUAUUCCAGUUCUAGCUUAAAAUGUGAAGAUACACGGACGAAAAAACACAAGAAGAGUAAAUCCAAGAGCAAGAGUAAGGAUAAAAAAAUCGACACCCAAGAGUUAUUAAGGGAGAUCACUCGCGGACUCAACGUUGAUUUUGUUGGCGCUGGUGAUGUUUUUGCCUCCCGUAAAAACUGAGACGAUUGUGGUUGUGAUUAAAGAGCAACCAUGGUUGAUAGUUUCACGCAUUGCUUGGUUGCAAGAGUUUCAGUGAAGGCUGAGGAAUUCGAUGUAAGAUGAUGUGUAUAUACUAAAUCCAUUAAUCAAAAAAUUAUAGAAUGUAGCUGUAUAUUGGCAAUUUAUGGUUUUAAAAUGAUUUAGAUGUAGGUAUCGAUUUAAAUUAAUUUCCUCAUUUUGCAGAAUCAUGUGUUACACUUUGUCAUUUAUUGUUCAUGUGUACAAAUUUCAGUUUCGUUUUUUGUAAUAAUAUUCUGUACAUACAUGUAGAUAAU